AAAGUAGAUGUCAUAUUUAUUGAGAAACGUAAUAGUUCCAACGGCCUUGCCAGAGAUCUAGUGAUCUCCGCCAGUUGCGUCAUUCUAUUUAAUUAAUACUACCACACAAAAUCAAAAUCUCUGCUAAAAACCCACUAAAAUCCUGGAGUUUUCAUGAGCAAAUUAAAUUUCUGGUUUGGAGGCUUCCCCACAUAUUUGAGUAGUGGGAGAAUAUCUCCGAGUUAACGAGUUCUUCCACAGCCUUCUUUCGCAGGGAAAAUUGUAGAUACGUUCUGCUGCUAGAGUUGUUCCUCGUUAGAAGCUGAAUUGAUUCUUUACCGGAGUCUAUAACGGCUGAUAUGAUUUAUUUUUUAAUAUCACAUGCCUUGACUUGAUCUUGAACCGGAUUCUUUGAAAAAAAAUUGCAGAGAUAAUUUUCAUCAUAUUUUUUUGUCUGGACCUGAUUUUGGACUGGAAGCAUUAGGUUUAAUUUUUUUAACUGAGAAGAGCUUCAAGGCUUGCAAUAUUAUUGAAUUCUCAAGGGUUGGAACAUUCUUUAAAUUAUUUUCAUGGAUCACCUGGACGGCAAGGAUGAAGGUUGUGGGCCUCUUUCUGGGUUAAAUUCAGAUGAUCUAUGUACAAAAGCCACAAAUUCUUUGAUAGAGGAAGGCAAUGGAAGUUCAGAUGGUAAUGAGGUGGUACGCAAAAGUGAGGAAGAUUUAAAGAUCAGUAAAGAUUAUGGGGAAUUUAGCUCACACAAUUUUAAUGGACCUACAUGCUGUAUUUCGAUGGGGAUUGGAGAAGUUGAAAAUCAUAGACAAGAAAUUGAAGCUGAAUGUUGCAGCAGAAUGUUGUCAGAAAAUUUAGUCCAGGAUAAAUUGGCUGAAAGGUUCUAUAAUAAUUUGGGGGCAGAAAAUGAAAAUGGAUGUGUGGAAUCAGAUGGCGCCUCAAAUAUUGCUGCAGAAGAGAACAAAGCUGUAAAUGGUUUCAAUGAACAACAGAUGCUAGAAGUUGCUUGUUCUUCUUUAAGGAGAAUGUUCAAAGAUUGGAGAAGUUUAGAUCCAGAUCGUUGUGUCAGUGCUGCUGCCAAAGGGUUUGCCAUUGGAGCAGGCAUAAAGGGAGGGCUUGCUCUUGUUGGAAUAUUGCUGAAAUUGAAAAAACGGUCAUCCUUAACUAGGAUGGAGGGAAUCAAGACAAACAGAGAUGCAAUAUCUACUGCUUUGAAGGAAACUCUUCGAUAUGGUUUCUUCCUUGGAACAUUUGCUGGUACAUUUGCAUCUGUAGAUGAAGCUAUUGCUGCUUUUGGAGGACGUGCCAGGACUGCGAGGUGGCGAUCACUUCUUGCUGGUGCAAUUGCAGGGCCUUCUCUGCUGCUGACAGGCUUGAACACACAGCAUACAAGUUUGGCAGUUUACAUUUUGAUGCGAGCAUCUGUCCUUGCAGCUCGAUGUGGGAUAAAAAGUGAAAAAAUGGGAUCUCUCUGUAGGCCCUUGACAUGGACAUAUGGUGACAUUUUUCUCAUGUGCUUAUCUUCCUCUCAAAUAUUGUCAUCUUAUGUUUUGAAUCAAGAUAGCUUGCCUUCCACGUACAGAUCAUUCCUGAAUAAACAUGGUGGGAAGGAUCCUGUAAUUUUGAAGGGAUUAAAAGAGCUUGUAUUUGGCAUGCCUUGGACAAGCUUGGCAGACAUCGAGAAAUACUACAAGUCUAAUGGUGUUGAGAUCAAACUAGAUCCUAACAUGAAAAUCCCAUGUUCAAUUGUGCAUGGAAACCAAUCAUGUGCUGCACAUGCAAUCUCAUUUCUUGUUCAGGCUUAUUUGAGAGCAUUGCCAGUAUACCUUCCAGUUUAUUUUAUACCAGCUCUCAUUGUUCAUAGGCGAGGACUUCUAAAAGAGCCUCGUAGCAUUUUGGGAAAAAGCUUGUUCGGGACUGCAAAGUCAAGCUUAUUUCUCUCUGCAUAUUGCUCUUCAGCUUGGGUAUGUACAUGCUUAGUAUUCAAUAUAAUCAAAACUUGUAACCUACCUGUAGUUGCCGCUGGAACUUUUCCAACUGGCCUUGCACUGUUGAUAGAGAAGAAGAGCCGUCGCAUGGAAAUAGCUUUAUACUGCUUUGCUCGUGCCCUUGAGAGCUUUUUCACCACCAUUGCAGAUGCAGGCUUGUUACCUCAUGCCAAGAAAUUGAAAAGAGUUGAUGUUAUCAUAUUUAGCUUAUCUACUGCUGUUAUCAUGCAUUGCUAUGCACAAGAAAGGGAUGUAUUCCGCUCGAAGUACUUGAAUGUCCUUGACUGGGUCUUUGGUGUUCCCCAAGAAACUGAGCAUUCGAUAGAGCAAAACAUGACUGAGCUUCCUAUUCCCUAGAAGCCACAACCUAUAUGUCAAAACCUUUGUUCUGAGUUUACUCAUCCAUACUAGAGUCUCAAAAGACUAUACCUCUGUUCUCAACUCCUGAGCAUAUUAGAGGAAAAACAUUAGUUUAUCAUUGACGAUGGAGUAGGAGUAACAAAAUUUGAAAUUGAAACCUACAGUAAUUCCUUCUCUCAAAAUUUUGACGACUUUGACUAAUUUAUUCGGAAGUGACCCAAAUUAAGCUACAAGAUAAUUAAGAUGUAAUUGAGAGCAACAUUGUUGUUAACUGUCCUGAUUUCAUGUAGGCAAUACCUUUCAAAAUUGCUAAAAUUUUGUAGUUAUUUUUAGUGGCCCUUAUCCAUGGUACAUACUGACUAGACAUUCCAUUAAAGAGUGACAUUUUUUGAAGUGGACAUGAUGUUAAAUGCUUUGAUGUCAUGAAAUUUUAUCAAUAUCCUUGGCUCUGAAGCAAGCUAUCACCAUUAA